AGCAGGAGGAGGAGCUGAGCUUUCCUAAGGUGGAGCUGCAUGGAUCUUGUAUUAAAUGACACUGGCAGAUUAACGCUCCGCGAUGGGGAAGGGCUUAAAGGCUGAGUCAAAAGCCAAGAAGUCUCUUUAUUUACGCCUACUACCUCCCAGCCUCUGGCAAUCUGACUAAUAACAAACUGAGCUAACAAGAAAGACUCUCCGAAGGGAGAGAGAGAGGGGAGCGAAACACAGAGAGAGAGCGUGCAUCGCAGCAGUUUGGAUCCUUAAAGCAUCUAAAGAUACAUAUUGCGUUUCUUGCAAAGCCAGGAGUGAUCGCUGGAAGUCCUGCGGAGCGCUGGGUUUAUUUACUGCAUCCCGAAGCUCGCAAAUGGUUAACUACGUGCAGAAAGUCAGCCUAGCUGGGAAGUCUGCUGUGAAUUUUAAUUGAGCAAAAGGGACAACUGUUUACAGGAUGGUGUAGUGGGUUUUCUUUCUCCCUGGCGUCGUUCUCCCCCUCUCCACCUCCUGCAAGAUUUCUUUUUUUUUAAAAUUCCCCCCUCCCUCUGUCACUCUGCUCUCAGUCAAAUAUGAUCUGUCCUGCUUCGGAUCUAGGAUUUUAACUUCAAGGAACGGCAGCCAGCCACGCUUGAGAUCCCUGCAAAGAGAGACCUUAACCUAGGUUGGUGGGGGACUGGAAAGGGCUCCUUUUUGGAGAUAACAAGGAAGGGGAUUGUACACGAAGAGCGACUCUGUGCAUCGCCGGCUGUGUCAGUGGGUGUAGCUGCUGUACAGAAAAAAAAAACGUGGAAGGCUUUCAUCUUCAGAAAUAAGCUGUUGGAUGACCAUGAAGCUCUGGAUAAUUACGUUAAGUUUGAUGGGGGUUGCUUGUGAUGUACUACAGUCCAAACCAGCUUUACCUUCAACUAUUGGCUCUUGUGAUAUGCUGUGUUCCUGUGAGGAAAAGGAUGGUGUCUUUAAUAUAAACUGCGAAGAAAGAGGCAUCAAGGAGUUAUCUCAAGUACAUGUUCCACCAUCCCGGCCUUUCCACCUUAGUCUUCUCAACAACAGUUUGACCAUGUUACAUGUGAAUGACUUCUCCAGCUUCAUCAACGCUCUCUCACUCCAUCUUGGAUUUAACUACAUUGUAGACAUUGAACCAGGAGCAUUUAAUGGACUAAGUCUCCUUAAGCAACUUCAUAUCAAUCACAACUCAUUAGAAGUACUUAAAGAAGACACAUUCCAUGGGCUGGAGAACUUGGAAUUCCUUCAAGCCGACAACAAUUUCAUCACAAUAAUUGAAUCAAGUGCCUUCAGCAAGCUCAACAGGCUAAAGGUGCUCAUUUUAAAUGACAAUGCCAUUGAGUUUCUUCCUUCCAACGUAUUUCGCUUUGUGCCAUUAACUCACUUGGAUCUUCGUGGGAACCAGCUGCAGACUCUACCUUAUGUUGGUUUUUUAGAACAUAUUGGUAGAAUUCUAGACCUUCAGUUGGAAGAUAACAAAUGGGUCUGCAAUUGUGACCUGGUGGAGUUGAAAGCUUGGUUAGAAAACAUGCCUCCUCAGUCCAUAAUAGGUGAUGUUGUAUGCCACAGCCCUCCUAUUUUGAAAGGCAGCAUUUUAAGCAGAUUAAAAAAAGAAUCCCUAUGUCCCACUCACCCUACAAAUGAUCUUGAUGCCCCAUCAGGGUCCUUACCAUUGGUGGUUACCACGUCAAUAAGUGAUAGUCACUACUCAACCAAGGUAAUACCUAUUUUUAGGGUUCCUACCAGGGAAACUGCUUUAACACUUCAUGUAACAAAGCCAGCUACUCUGCUUCCUGGUGUGUAUUGUCCGAUCCCUUGUCAGUGCACUAGCAAUAUCCUUUCAGGGAUUUUAAUGCAAUGCCAGGAACAAAACAUUGAAAGCCUGUCAGAUUUGGGACCUCCUCCUCCCAAUCCUAAAAAGCUAAUACUAGCUGGAAAUAUAAUUCAGACAUUACUGAAAUCAGACCUUGUAGACUAUGGCAGCCUAGACUUGCUUCACUUGGGAAGCAACCGUAUUGAAAUACUAGAAGAAGGAUCCUUCCUCAAUCUCACCAGAUUGCAGAAAUUAUAUCUCAAUGGGAAUCAUCUCACCAAGCUGAGUCGUAAUUUAUUUUUAGGCCUGCAGCGCCUUGAGUAUUUGUAUCUUGAAUAUAAUUUCAUCAAGGAGGUUUUACCCGGGACAUUUCAUCCCAUGCCUAAACUAAAGGUCCUUUAUUUAAAUAAUAACCUUCUUCAGACUUUGCCAGCCCACAUUUUUUCUGGAGUUCCUCUAGCCAGGCUAAAUCUGAAAACCAACCAGUUUGCACAUUUGCCUGUAGGGAAUGUCUUAGAUGAUCUGGAUUUACUCGUACAACUUGAGCUGGAAGACAACCCUUGGGAUUGUACUUGUGACUCAGUUGGGCUGCAGCAAUGGAUACAAAAGCUGAACAGAAACACAAUGACAGGCGACAUUUUCUGCACAUCUCCAAGGCAUUUAGCUAAAAAGAAACUGAAAUCUCUGAAUAGUGACGUGCUAUGUCCCGGAAUAAACAGCCCACCUUCCGCAACUCAUGCUAGCUUCAUAGUUGUCACCACGUCACCAACCACCACCAAUACGGCAGACACUAUUCUGCGAUCACUUACUGAUGCAAUUCCUCUUUCAGUUUUAAUCCUGGGGCUUUUGGUAGUCUUUGUAACCAUCAUUUUUUGUGCAGCUGGUAUCGUCGUCCUUGUCCUACACCGGCGGAGAAGGUACAAAAAGAAGCACACAGAUGAACAGAUGCGGGACAACAGCCCAGUGCAGCUUCAGUACAGCAUGUAUGGUCACAAAACAACACACCACACCACUGAGCGCCCGGCCACAAGCUUGUAUGAGCAGCGUAUGCUCAGCCCCAUGGUGCAAGUUUAUCGAAGCCCAUCUUUCAGCCCCAAAUUUACAGACCAUCAACAGGAGAUGAAUGACAAGGAGAUGAAUGAUUCCAAACAUCUCCGCAGAGGCCUCUUGGAGAGGGAGCACGCCUCCCCUCUGACGGGGUCAAAUGUCAAAUAUAAAGCUACAGACCAAUCGGCUGAGUUCCUUUCCUUCCAGGAUGCCAGCUCCUUGUACAGGAACAUUCUUGAGAAAGAAAGAGAACUUCAGCAACUGGGGAUAACUGAGUACCUACGGAAAAACAUAGCCCAGUUACACCCUGAUAUGGAGGUACACUAUCCAGGAGCUCACGAGGAGCUAAAGCUGAUGGAGACACUCAUGUACUCCAGGCCAAGGAAAGUUUUACUAGAACAGACUAAAAACGAAUAUUUUGAACUCAAAGCCAACCUGCAUGCUGAACCCGAUUACCUGGAGGUUUUGGAACAGCAAACAUAAAAGGGACCCUUUUUGAAGGAUUAAGUCAAAAACUAUUCUAUCUUAACUCGGAACUUGUAAAUAAAAGUGCCUUAUAAUAAUGUGUCGUCAAUCAGAACUUUAAGCACAGUAGUAAUCCGAGUUGAAAGAAACUCUCAGGGAUAACUGUGUGAAGCCAUGGGGAAGUUUGCAGGCUCUGUGUCUCAUUCUCACAUUAAAUGUGAACUUUGGGCAACUGGAUUCUGGGAGGAAGUUCAGCUGGCCAUAUUCCUCGAGACCUGCAUGGCAAUCCCUCAUUUUUUUCGCUUAGAAAAGAAAGAAAAAAGCUUGAAGCAUUGGUUACUUUUGUUCCCCGGACCUAGACACUAAAUUUUCUUUAAAGUGCACCUAUAUACCUGGUUCCAAGAGGCUGGUGUAUAUUGGUUAGGAAUUAGUUCACAUGUAUGAGUAUUGUCUAUGGAUCGCACAUGAGAUUGCCACACAAUAAAUACAAGAUAAAUUAUAUGAUUUUAAACAGAUAUUUAACUGUACAACCCCAAGGUCUGCCAAUAUUUAAGUACCUUUUAUUUGGAAUGUUAUUUAUAUUUUUUAAAAAACCUGCUAGAAUAUUCAGAAGGAGGGGGAAAGCUGUGUACAUGUUUUAUCUAGGAAUCCUAAAAGACAUACACAAAACUCUUUUUUGGUUACUUUCCCUAGUAGUCAAUUUUAAUUGUUUUUUGGGACAGUCUUCAAUAUAAUGCUGCUAUAGAGUUCUGGGCACCAUUGGUUGACACUCAUACCUGAGGAAAUUUGGAAAGCUACUGAGAAUUUAUUGUAAAUAUAUUAGUAAAUCAAUGAGCUGGGCUAUUAUUAUUAUUAUUAUUAUUAUUAUUAUUAUUAUUUAUAUGAUUGACUCCCGUUAUGGUUGUGGAUACUUUGGAUGAAACAUCAAUUCACUGUGGUCAGUUAAAUGUCACAUGCAAAUAAGUACACCAAUGAGCAACAAGAUCUUAUUUGUGUAUCUGUGUAAAUACUCCAUAUUUGAUACAAUUACUCAGCAAAAGAGCUUUUAUCAGGUCCGGUUUAAAAAUGAUACCAGGCACUUUAAGAAAGAGAGAAAAGUACAUGUGCACGGUUUGCAACUUGUUUUAAAGCAAAUCGCUGGAAUCUAUAUUUACAACGUUAGCACUCCAGAAUCUUGGGUCUGUGUCAUGUUAACGCUGAACAUAUAGUUGCCAGUGACUAAGCUGGGCCCCAGUCAUUGAUUUGUCCGCAUGCUUAAGCAUGCUUACAUGAAAGCAAGUUCUGUCAGGCUGUUUCGGCUAUUACACUGCAACUGUCCUGGGUUUUCUGCUGAGUAUGCACUCGACAAGGAGGUACGAUCAAGUCUAGCUCUCGGACGGCUACAUCUGUGUUUUCACACACCCGUUUGUUGAACACGCAAGCCACAUUUUCGGUGCACACUUAUCCCCCUCCCAACAACUUAGAUGUAAACCUAAAAAAGCAAAAAUAAUACGAGCAGCCUGACAGAUGUUCUGUGGAAAUCAAUGGGAUGUACUUCACAAAGAUGCUCUCCAGAUGAAGGUGACAUGAAGCACGACAGCUUUAUUUUACUACAAAGCUUAGUUAGGUUUAUAUGAACUAUUUAUUCUGUACAGUUUGUAUCUAUUUCAGUUCACAGUUACUAUUAUUAUUCUUGGGUGCCUUUCAAGCAAAUCAAAGAACUUCUAGCUAUAAAUAAAAAGAUGACAAUAAAUGUUUUUUUUAAAAAAGAAAAUGCACACCCCCCCUGAAAAGUUCCUGUUUUAAAAUAAAAAGACAUUGGCAAGACCUGCACACACAAGUUCAGAUCUGUUCGGAAAUCAAAUGGGAGGCUUCAGUUCGUCGUCAUGCAUACAGAAGCAUCUUGUUCUGGGUGCAAGAAGGCAGUUUAGUGCCCAUGCAUGACUGACACAGUGCCAAAUUGUUACUCUGACCUGCAUUUCCCCUCCUGUUUAAGCUCGUCUUUUGUGAACCAGCUACACUUUGAUGGAUUCAUUCGCCCCCACUUCUGGCUCUGACUAUUUAAGGCUGAAUGGUUACAUACUAUAAAAAAUGCAUUGUUAAAUCAAUUCAGCCGUAAGUAGUCUAAAAGUCGUUAGAAAACAGGAAGAGGAAAAUAUAUACCAAGUGCUGCCUACAUGAUUCGGACCUAUUUAUCAUCAUGAAAUAAAACAUCUUAAUUAA